GUGGCUUUCGAUCCGACGGGCCAUGCGUCGAGUGCAUGGACAGUGAUGUCGCUUGGUCUUACUAUGAUUCAAAACCACGGCAGAGGCCGUCAACGUUGAAGGGUCGAAUAUAGGUUCCAAAAUCACGCAGGCUGUUUUGCCGCCCAACGCAACACGGCUCGGAGAACUCAGGUCUGCCAUUGAGCAGGCAGAAAAGACCUAAGCGAGUGGAUGAAGUUGGUUGAGAAAACUCUUAGAGAUCAGCAAGCCCAUGAUAUAUUGACUGGGAUCGAUCGAUUGCGAAUUGGUAUUGAGGAGAUCAAGGACCAAAUGCACGCACUCCCUCAAGCUGAGGGCGCCUCGUUCGAUUCAUUUACAGACCAAGAUGAUACCCGUUGCUUGGAAGGUACUCGGCAUGAGAUUCUUCAAGAGGUUCACGACUGGGCGACCGAUCCCGACAGCAAAUACAUCUUCUGGCUUAACGGUGCAGCCGGCACAGGAAAAUCCACAAUUGCCCGAACUGCGGCCGCAUCAUUCGCGAAGAAAAGAUGGCUUGGUGCAAGCUUCUUUAUUAAACGAGGCCAGCCAGACCGUGGCGAUGAUAGCAAAUUUAUAUUUGCAUUCCAUCUGACGGUCUUAUUGCGAGGUAUGAUCCGGAUAGUGCAAGACAAUCUGAGUGAGGAUCGUUCGAUUCCUAGCAAGGCCAUGGGCAUUCAAUUCAAUCGCCUUAUUUUUGAAACAUUAUUGAGCGUUCAACUGGGAGGUGAGGUUGAAAGGCUGAUUGUGGUUAUUGACGCCUUGGAUGAAUGCGGCGAUGGGAAACAUAUGCCAGCGAUGUUGAAGUUUCUUGUACAGGCAAAGCAAGCUGGAAAUGUACAGCUGCAGUUUUUUAUAACCAGCCAACCGGACUUUCAUCCAAACGAAGAUUUUUUUCGGAAAUCGCGGAUGAUCGCAAGGUCUUGGUAUUGGACAAGGCUGAUCCAACCGCUCUCAAGCGGGAUUUGGAGUCCUACAUAAGUGUCAGAUUUGUAACCAUCCAGCAAAAGCCCGCUUUCUGUCUAGAUUCUAGCUGGCCUGGAAAUGGGCCGAUUAAGGAGCUCGCUGAAAAUGCUUUUCCAUUAUUCAUUUUUGCUUCAACCACUUGCAACUUCAUCGGUGAAGACGUACUGGCCUAUUCUGAGUCAAUUCGAUGAUGACCAAGAAACGUUGGACACCUUCCACAAAGUCGU